UCGAAACUGUAUUACAAAAAGCGGAAAAAAAGGUCGAAACUGAGCUCCCAUUCUGAAACACCGACAGAAGGAUUUGAGCGCCAAAGAUGGAGGAAAUGGACGAAACCGAAGCGGUACCUCAGGUUUACAUGGCAUGCAUUCAACACGGCCAUCGAGUUGGAGUUUCCUUUUAUGAUCCCAGUAUCCGCCAACUUCAUGUGCUUGAAGUUUGGGAAGGUAGUAGCACGGAAUUUCCCUUGAUUGAUCUAGUAAAAUAUCAAGCAAAGCCACUGAUCAUUUACACAAGCACUAAAAGUGAAGAAUUCUUUUUGUGUGCUUUACAACGUAGUGAUGGAACAACCGAGGCUCCCACUGUGAAGCUUGUGAAAAGUUCAAUUUUCAGCUAUGAGCAAGCAUGGCACAGGUUGAUAUACCUUCGAGUGGCAGGAAUGGAUGAUGGAUUAAACAUCAAAGAGAGGGUUUGUUAUCUGAGUUCCAUGAUGGACAUGGGAAGUGAUGUUCAAGUUCGUGCAAGUGGGGGUCUUCUUGCGAUAUUGGAGAAUGAAAGGAUUGUGGAUACCCUGGAACAAAAGGAAUGUGGCAAUGCAUCAAUCGCAAUUGAUUCCGUGAUAGAAAUUUCAUUAAAUAAUUUUCUCAAACUCGAUGCAGCAGCUCACGAGGCAUUACAGAUUUUCCAAAUAGACAAACAUCCUAGCCAUAUGGGCAUUGGUAGAGCAAAAGAAGGGUUCUCCGUGUUUGGCGUGAUGAAUAAGUGCGUAACACCAAUGGGUAGACGCCUCUUGAGAAGCUGGUUCAUGAGGCCUAUACUAGACAUUGAAAAUUUAAACAGGCGGCUCAAUGCGAUAUCUUUCUUUCUUUUCUCUGAAGAUCUGAUGGCUUCCUUACGUGAAACUCUGAAGUCUGUAAAGGACAUUCCUCACAUACUCAAGAAAUUCAACUCCCCAAGCUCUAAAUGCACAUGCAGCGACUGGACAGCUUUUCUAAAGAGUGUUUGCUCACUAUUGCACGUGAGCAAGAUAUUUGAAGUGGGGAUUUCUGAAAGUCUUAGAGAGCAUGUGAAGCAUUUCAACUUGGACAUUGUUGAGGAGGCUGCUUCAUACAUUCCAACAGAGCUAGCUUACAUCUAUGAAUUGGUAAUUGGUGUUCUUGAUGUCAAUAGAGGUAAAGAAAAGGGUUAUGAAACCAUCGUGAAAGAGUGUUUUUGUGAUGAGUUGGAUGAGCUGAGGCAAAUAUACGAGGAACUACCAGAAUUUCUGGAGGAGUUGUCAUCAUUGGAACGGGCACAACUUCCUCAUCUAUGUAAAGACAAGCUUGUUCCUUGUAUUGUUUAUAUACAGCAAAUAGGAUACUUGAUGUGCUUUUUUGAAGAAAACCUUGAUGAAGCCACACUGGUGGAACUUCAAGAUUUUGUGUUUGCUUUCUCUGAUGUGGAUGGGGAGACAAAAAGAUUCUUUUACCGUACCCCAAAGACAAGAGAACUGGAUGACCUGCUUGGAGAUAUCUAUCAUAAAAUCCUAGAUAUGGAGAGGGCAAUUACUAGAGAUCUGGUGUCACAUAUUCUUCUAUUCUCAACCCAUUUGCUCAAGGCCAUCAAUUUUGCGGCCAAACUUGAUUGCCUUUUGUCAUUAGCACUUGUUGCUCGUCAAAACAAUUAUGUAAGGCCUACUUUGACUACAGAAAGCUUGCUUAAUAUUCAAAAUGGAAGGCAUAUUUUGCAGGAAAUGACAGUAGAUACAUUUAUUCCAAAUGACACAAAGAUACUUGAUGAUGGAAGAAUUCAAAUCAUCACUGGUCCUAAUUAUUCGGGGAAAAGUAUCUAUGUAAAGCAGGUAGCUUUAAUUGUUUUCCUCUCCCACAUUGGAAGUUUUGUUCCUGCAGAUGCUGCAACUGUGGGUUUGACUGAUAGGAUAUUCUGCGCAAUGGGAAGCAAGUUUAUGACUGCAGAACUGUCAACCUUCAUGAUUGAUCUGCAUCAAGUAGGGAUGAUGCUAAGGCAUGCAACUUCACGAUCUUUGUGUCUACUGGAUGAGUUUGGUAAAGGUACUCUUACAGAAGAUGGCAUUGGGCUGCUUGGUGGAACCAUAACUCACUUUGCCACGUGUGAUGACCCCCCAAAGGUUCUGGUGUGUACUCAUUUGACUGAGAUAUUUGAUAAGAGUUGCCUACCAAAGUCUGAGACUGAGAUGAUCAGCUUUUACACCAUGAGUGUGCUGAGGCCUGACAACAAUUCUACGAAUAUCGAAGACAUUGUGUUUCUAUAUCGGCUUGUUCCCGGACAUGCACUUCUAAGCUAUGGGCUGCAUUGUGCACAACUUGCAGGUGUCCCUGGGGAAGUCAUAAAGCGAGCAGCGUUUGUGUUGGAUGCCAUCGGGAAUAAUAAGCAUGUUGAGCGAUUGAGCAAUGAGAAUAUAUCAGCUCAAGAUCGGCAAUACAAGGACGCAGCGGGCAAGAUUUUGGAGUUUGAUGUUUCCAAGGGGGACCUCAGCCUUUUCUUUCAGGAUAUAUUUCCAUCUUAAUCGUGAAGACAAUGAAGGUGUCCUCUCCUUCAAUUACAUUCUCCGAAGGAACACGAUCUGUUUUAUCGCAGGUGUAUUGGCUUGGCUCGACUCUUGUCGGGGAUUUUUUCAGGUUUUGUUUACAGAGAUACAGUAAAAUCUGUAACAUCUGGGUAACAUAUUCGGGCCUCAUCUGUCAAUGUGGGCCAUCUCUAUGCUAACUCUCAAAGUUUUAACUACA